CACUUCGACACGCAGUUCGAAAUACAAGUUCCGUAGUGCAUUGCUGCUUGGCUUGAGCUAUCGUUCCUUCUCUUGCUCUCAGAUGAUUAGGUGAUUCGUUGGCUUGAGCUAUCGUUCCUUCUCUUGCUUUCAGGGAUGAUUAGGUGAUUCGGAGCAUGAGCCAUGGGACCGAGAAUCUACUGCUGCUUGCGACACAGAACCUAAACCCCAAAGCAACCCUGGACCUUCAGAACGUGGAGGAGAAGAAACUCCGAAAUUUCUCGCAGUUUCAAGGAUGUUCUUCCCAGAUGUGCCUCCAGCCAUCAAUUACGCGCUCGUGUUGGGAAUAACGUGUCUGACGUUCUUCUGCAACUUCACCAAAAGUUCCUCUGAGUUUUCAGGUUACCUAUCCAAAGUGUUGAGGAACUACACUGAGCAGGCGUGCGACGGCGAUUUCCUGUCGGUCCGCUGCCUGCCCCACACCACCAUCACCGUCCAAUCGGCUUUCUACGGCAGGAGAGGCCCCUUCCACCCCCAGCAGUGCCCGUCCUACCACAGACACACCCUUUUAGAUACACACCCACUGGAGGAUGACUUGCAUUGUUACAUGUCCACAGCACUACAGAAAAUGUUGGAUGAGUGCCAGGACAAGAGGAGCUGUAAGGUCCUUGUCAACAGUCGUCUCUUCGGGACAGACCCAUGCCCCAGCAGCAGCAAAUACCUCAUUGUGUGGUACAAAUGCCGGCCUAAUGAGUAUAAGAGUAAGGUGGCGUGCGAAGAGGAGAGAAUGAAGCUGAGCUGUAAACGGGGGAUGCAGAUCGCCGUCUACUCAGCCAUGUUCGGUCGAACCCAGCACGGGACCCUGGAUUGUCCUACCCACCACAGGAGGGUGUCAUCCGUAGACUGCCAGUCGGGCGUAGCUCUCCAGGUGCUGACGACCCGUUGUCAGGGGAAACGGAGCUGUUUCGUCCGAGCGUCCACACAAGAGUUCGGGGACCCCUGCUACUCGGGCACAAGGAAAUAUCUUAGUGUCAUCUACACAUGUGUCCCAAAGAAGUUGCUGCAGCAAGAGCCCAACCCCAGAGUGGAAGUGUACCCCCCGUCACCCAGUGCCCAUGACCCAAACGUGGUUGGAGACAGCGCACCCCCUGAUAGGACCUCAGUCAUAACCUCGGACUCUGUGCUCUCAGGAAAGAAGAAGCGAGGGAGGGAGUCUGGUUCCUACUCUGGGGAGGUGAAGACAAACGAGGGAGGAUUGGAGGACAAAGCCCCCAGGCUGCCGGACAUGAACCCUGUGAUCAACGCUACAACAGGCAGCACCGACAUGGCCCUUAUCAGUAGCUCACUGGCAGCCUACAACUAUAUAGCAGACCACCCAGAGCGCGCAGCCCUCUACUUUAUGUGCGGCGUGUGCCUGGGCCUCUUCCUCACCCUGUUUGCUCUGGUGGUCCAGAUCUCGUGCCGCACCGACUGCCAGCCUCGCCGCCGCUGCCCUGGCACCACCACCAAGAAUGGCCUGCGGCCCACCGACUCCUCAUCCGACUCCAGCGACUCGGACUCAGACUGGGAAACCACGUCGGACCUGUCGGCACGCCGCCACCGCCGCUUCGAGCGCACACUCAACAUGAACGUGUUCACGUCUGCGGAGGAGCUGGAGCGGGCACAGCGGCUGGAGGAGAGGGAGAGGAUAAUACGAGAGAUCUGGAUGAACGGUCAACCCGACAUACCUGGGACGCGCAGCCUCAACCGCUAUUAUUGAGGCAGGACCGCAAAUGAACCGUGGUCCUCUGUAGCUCAGCUGGUAGAGCACGGCGCUUGUAACGCCAAGGUAGUGGGUUCGAUCCC